UACUAUCACCGUCACCUCUCAUUGGUUAGAUCGAGCGGGUGCAGAAAUUAAAGUUAAAUCGACGCCAACGUCUCUCUCUCAGAUCCCUCCGCGCAGUUGACUCUCGGCGUGAGCCGCUGCACCCGUCUCCACGCUGCAUCUCCCUCCGCAUCACCUCCUCCCGCAGAGCCGAGUGGAGCGGCCGCGUCUCUCCCCUCUCCAGCUCCAGCUCCAGCUCCAGCUUUAUGUCCGUGAGGGCUUCCCGGCGCCGUGGGGGUUAUUUUUCUUUUUAAAAAUCGAUGCUCUCCGCCUGAUGUGACAAUUCCGUACAACUGCUAGAAACACCCGGCUGAAGCAAUGGGAGCCUUUGGCGUGUUAGUGGGAAUUGUACAGUACGCGGGACUUUACAUUCAACUUAACGCAGCUCUGGACGUCGGGCACGGCGAGGUGGACCAUGGUUUCUCUGGAAAUGCUCUUUUUACAGAGGUGCCACACGACAUCUCGACGCAGAGCGGUGAGGAUGUAGAGAUGGCAUGUUCCUUCCGUGGGGCGGGCUCUCCCUCCUACUCCCUGGAGAUCCAGUGGUGGUACAUCAAGGGCCACCGAAACUGGCAAGAGAAGUCAGCCCAGAUCACUAAUUAUGUUGUACCCCUGGAGGAGACGUCCAAAGAUGCCACCAAAAUCAGCGUGGUGAAAGUGGCCGGCAGCAACAUCUCACACAAGCUCCGUCUCUCCAGUGUCAAGCCAUCAGACGAGGGCACAUAUGAGUGUCGUGUCAUCGACUUCAGCGGUGCCGUGGCGCAGCACCACCGGGUUCAUGCCUACCUCCAGGUGAAGCCAGUGAGGAGUCUGGGGCUGGAUGACGUCCAGUCUCAGGAGCCAGGACACCGGUUGCACCAUGAGACAGAGGCCAGGAAACUGGAGAGGAGAUCAGCGGGCAGCAACACUGACUGUAAUGAGAGCUGUGUGCUUUAGAGAGGGCAGUCUGCCUGUCUGCAUGGUCAUGACUUAUCACCGUUGAGGGAUGGUCAUCGACACACACGUCACCACAGAGCUGAGGCGUCGAUCGUAACUGGACCCUUUGUGUUUCAUGGUUCAUUUGUCUAUCUUUAAUAUUGUCGUUUGGAUGCCAGUGCUGUUGAAUGCCAAUAAAGGGCACAAUUUUAUUGAAAGUAUUCUGUAUAUGAUUAUGUUCUUUUUGUUGCUUUUUGUUGCAUUUUGUUUUUUUGUGCUUUUUCCUAUUGCUUUACGUUUAUGUUGAUGUGACAGCAAGGCUAAAACAACAAAGAAGCACUUUCAAUUGGUUAUUUUGUUUGAGCAGGACUCCUUCAGUGGACAAACACCCCGAAUUUUCCCCACAAAGUUACAGUAAAUGGCCGUAGAGAGUCAGAAUUAUUAUGGCUAUCAUAAAUAAUAAAUAGAGCAAAGUUGAGGUUCGCUGAUACAGACACAGAGCAGACCCUUUCCUUCUGCAAUGUACCAAUUCUGCUUUUACUAAAACACAUGCCAAAAGCUGCAGUAUUUCAAUGUAAAUGCUUUCCAAGGAAUAAAGAAUAAAAUUAAGCUUUUUUUCAUUUAUCUGAAAACUUUUCAAAGUGCAUUGAUUUCAUUUCUGUAUUCUUUUUUUAGACACUUUGAGAGAAAACUGUAUGUAUUAGCUUUCUAAAGCACAACUAGAAUGUCUGUUAAAAUACAAAUGUAUGCCUUCAUCACAUUAAGAUUAUAAUAUAAACUCUUGUGUAUAUCAGACUUGGCACUGUAGACUUUUACUGUUGUUGCUAAAAUAAAGUUUACUCUGUGCUACUUAACCAAAUGACUCGAGAAACACAACUAUGGUAUGUUAAUCACUCAAAAUUUUUGUCAUCAUUUUCUCGACCACAAUAUAAAUUUUUGUCUAAGCUUUUACAUGUUUGUCAUCUCCUCUUGACUGUGUUUAUUCUAAGUGCUGCUGUUCAGUAUCUGUUCUGUUAAAUACAUUCAUUUGAAAUGAA